AUGACUCUUCCCAAGAGCGAACCUAUCGCCAUUAUUGGCGGUGGUGCAUUUGGCUUGUCUACUGCACUUGAGCUCUCCAGAAAUGGAUACACCAAUAUCACUAUUUUCGAGAAGGAUGAGGAGAUUCCCUCGCGCUGGUCAGCCGCAAAUGAUCUGAACAAGAUUGCGAGAGCAGAGUAUGAGGAUGAAUGGUACACUGAUCUUGCACUCGAAGCGAUGAAAGAAUGGCAAACGCCCUUCUAUGCCCCCUACUUCCACCGCGUAGGCUUCCUAAACUGUUGCUCAGAAGCCGCGCCCCAAAAGGCCGUCGACACAAUGAAGCGAUUUCAAGCAGCCGCAGAGCGCAGCGUCAUGAAGCCCUUCGUCCAUAAUGUCAACGACCGCAAAGACCUUCUCCAGGCGUGCUGGCAGUUCACUGGAAAUCUCCCCGGCUGGAGAGGCUACAUUAACACGUACGAUGGCUACGUGCACUCUGCAAAUGCACUCCGUGGCGUCUACCGCGCUGCGCGAUCGAUUGGUGUAAGAUUCUUCCUCGGCAAGAAGCUUGGUGCUGUAGAUGAGGUUGUGUAUGAGAACACCAGCAGAGGCAGGAGGAGCACUGGAGUACGAACUGCGGACGGCCGCGUCCACCCCGCAUCACUGGUCAUUGUUGCUGCAGGAGCAGCAGCCCACAAAAUCCUCCCGGAGCUGGGCACCAAUGUAUCGGCCAAGUCAUGGUCCGUUGGCCACGUGCGCCUCACUGACGAUGAGACCGCCGCAUUGCGCGGCAUCCCCGUUGUCUACGCCCGUGACCUAGGCUUCUUCUUCGAGCCGGACCCGAAGACGAAUCUACUUAAAUUGUGCCCUAUGGGUGGUGGCUAUGUCAAUACCGAUCCUGCCAGCGGCGUAUCAAAAGCACCAGAGGAGGUCAACCGAUUUGUACCGUACGAGGACGAGCUCAAGAUGAAGGAACUACUCCGCCAGACACUCCCACAUCUUGCCGACCGGCCUUUGGUCGAGAAGACACUGUGCUGGUUUGCCGAUACCGACGAUUCAGAUUUCAUCAUCGACUACGUACCCAAGACCUCAUCGUCGGUUAUGGUCAUGACCGGCGACUCUGGCCACGGCUUCAAGAUGUUCCCCAUUGUCGGUCGCUGGGUACGCGAUCUGUUGAACGCAUCGGGUGGGCAACAGCCGAUUAAGAGGUGGCGGUGGAGGGAACCGAAGCCCGUCAACGGCGAGACAAGUCAGGAUGCCGAUGUGAGCUGGCGUGUGGGAGAUGUCAGGGAGCUCCGUGAUCUGUCGGAACAACCGGUGAAGGCGAAGUUGUAA